AUGGAUAAAUUACUAUUACUGUUGAAUAAUAAUUUUAAAAAUAAUCUAAAAUGGAUAGAUUUAUCUAAAAGAUUUUAUCGUACAAAACAUCGCAAGAAGGUUAGUGUAGAGUUAAAUAAGCCUUCUCUCUAUGAUCCCAAGAGAACAACACCCAGUAAGCUCCUUAAAGCUAAUUUAUUUACACCUGAAUCUGCGGGACCUCGAGAGCUUUCAAUGCUCUGUUUCUGGAUCGUUAACUAUGGAUAUGCUGACUACUCAAUUCUGAGUAGAUACGUUCAAUGUGCAAUUGACAAUAUCAAGAAACUUAAAAUCAAAAGCCUUGCUCUAAUAUUCCAUUCUACGUCCAAAUUCAUCUACAAUAAUACCAUUUCAUUCAUAGAAUCUAACCAACAGAAUAUAGAAUCUAAAGAAUCUAAUGAUGAAACUAAUACUGGUAUAGAUGAAUUUGUACAAAGGGAACAAUUAAUCAAAAAGUGUAUGAAAUUAAUAAUUGACGCAUCUCCAAUUUUGCCUAACCUGUUUGUUAAUGCUGUUCCAAAAGAUUUGGGAAUGAUUUCGUUGUCAAUUAUUAAUAUUUAUGAAUCAUUUUUAAAUGAAUGUGAUAGCAACGUAGAUUCUGGAACUGAUGAACUGGACUUGAAAUCAAUCAGUUUAAAAGUUAACAAACUACUCCAUAGGUUAAGUGAUGAAAUAAUUCCAAAGUUGCCGUUUUGUGAAAUUGAUGAGUUCGCAGCAUUUUCAAAGUCUUUUUCCAAGAUUAACACUGACUGGUCUAGGCACUUUAUGCGUGAGUUAUCACUGGAGAUUUCGAGUCUUUUGAUGGAAAAAAUUGAGGAUCUGGAACUUUUAAUGCAAAACAAGUACAUUGGUGAGGAUUUAAUCGAGGAGUUGAACAGGUUUCCAAAAGAGCUCUCAACGGUAACCUGUGCCCUUUCAAGGCUAAAAAUCAAUGAAAAAAGGUUUUGGGAACGGUCACAAACUCUAAUUUUCCUACUCAUAAAGUUGAAGAAUAAAGAUUUUGGUAUAAAGGAAAUUGACACAACUACCUUAACAUUACUUUCCACAUCGAUGUGUAACUAUAGUAAUGUUAGUGAUGUUGUUAUGGAAUUGCUUAGAGUAUGUAAUGAGUCACAUCAACCAUCUGUUUUGGUUGGUUUUAACACUAGUGUUAGGGUUCUAAAGGAUGAUUCUUUAGCUUCAAAAUUCUUAGAAUUAGUUGAUAUGGACCAAGUUAUGGAAUUAGACCCAAAAUUAGUCUCACAAUUUAUCUUAAACUGUUGUAAAUCCACCUGUGAUCGUACUAAAAUUAUCGAUAAAAUUUCUUCAAUUCCAUUGGAUCAAUUGCAUAAUGAACUUUUGUGCACAGUUUAUAUAUGUAAUAAACAGUUGAAUAUUAAUCCUGAAACUAAAGUUGAUCUAUGUAACAGAAUAUAUCUGAAUGCUGAUUCCUUGGAAACUAAUUUAUUGGUCACUAUAUCAUUAAGUAGCAUUCAGUCUAUUGACGAAGAAUGUGUUAAGAAUUUGUGUAAAAAAGUUUUAGAUAUCUUGUACAAUAGGAUUGAGGAAAUUCCUUCUACUGUUAUACCUUCGCUUCUAUCAUUAGUUUUAAACCAUUUCCCUGGAAAUUUAAACAUCAUUAAAAGAUUUUGCAAGAAAAUUGAUACUUCUGAUUUUAAUAUUGACGAUCUUUCACAUAUAUUCACUAAAAUUCAAUCUAUGGGUCUCAACAUCAAUAAACUUUUUACUAAAAAUUUUGUUAAAAUUAAGGAAAUCAAUGAUGUGCAACACGAUUAUUCAUUUGAUCCAGUCCAAUCAGAUUCAUAUGAUAACAAUCUGGAAUUGACUCCUUAUAAUGAAUCUUUUGAUAUAAAAUUCACUGAGUGUGACGAGGAUGAGAUAAUGAAAAUUUCUAAACAAACGCUUAAGAAAACUGAAAGUGUUCCCUUUCUCGAUUUGGAUGAUUUUAAGGAUUUAAAAACACCAAACAACUCUCCUCAAUUUAACGUUACUAAGUUCCCCUCAAACUAUGAUAUCAUAGAUGAACCUGAUGUUACUGAUAGGACUUUAUUUAGGGGGCUUCCGAACGCUAAUACUGUUGACGAUCUUAAAACUGAGUGGUACAACUUCAGAAAUAAUAUACACUAA